AUGGGUGUGGAUUACUACAAGGCUUUACAGGUUGAUAGAAGCGCCAACGACGAUGACCUUAAGAAAGCUCACAGAAAACUCGCCAUGAAAUGGCAUCCCGACAAGAACCCCACCAACAAAAAAGACGAUGAGUCCAAGUUCAAACAGGUCUCUGAAGCUUACGAUGUUCUUAGUGAUCCUCAAAAGAGAGCGUUGUAUGAUCAAUACGGUGAGGAAGGACUCAAAGGGAACGUGCCACUUCCUACUGCUGCUGGUGGAGCCUCCUUCUUUUCAUCAGGAGAUGGACCUUCACCUUUCAGAUUCAACCCGACGAGUGCAGAUGAUUUAUUCGCUGAAAUUUUCGGGUUUUCAAACCCGUUUGGUGGAGGAGGAAGCGCUAGUGCCAGUGGAGGGCAGAGAUUCUCUAGCCGCAUGUUUGGUGAUGAUAUGUACGCCUCGUUUGGUGAAAGAGGAAGUGUUGGUGGUGGAUCGAUGCAUCAUCACACUGUAGCUAGGAAAGUGGAUCCAAUCGAGAACAAGCUACCUUGUAGCCUUGAAGAUCUUUACAAGGGAACCACCAAGAAGAUGAAGAUCUCAAGGGAGACUGUAGAUGUCAGCGGCAAAGUAAUGCAAACAGAAGAGAUUCUAACGAUUGGAGUGAAACCAGGAUGGAAGAAAGGCACAAAGAUCACAUUCCCUGAGAAAGGCAACGAGCAUCCGGGAGUGAUUCCAGCUGAUCUUGUCUUCAUCAUCAACGAGAAACCCCAUCUGGUGUUCACACGCGAGGGAAACGACCUGAUUGUCACACAAAAGGUUUCAUUAGCUGAUGCACUAAUAGGGUACACAGUAAACCUAACGACUCUUGAUGGUCGGACGCUUACAAUCCCAGUCACAAACGUGAUCCAUCCGGAGUACGGAGAGGUGGUGCCUAAAGAGGGGAUGCCACUUCAGAAAGAUCAGACAAAGAAAGGGAACUUGAUCCUCAAGUUCAACGUCAAGUUUCCAGCUAGGUUAUCUGCAGAACAGAAGGCUGGGUUUAAGAAGCUUCUUGGGUGA